GCCUCGGAGGAGGGAUAAAAAGCCCGGGCGGGACCGGCGCGGAGCAGAGCAGGUGCGGCACCGGCGGUUGAGACUGAAGGAGGCCACCUCUCCAAGCAGCCAUGGCCCCCACACUUGCCACGGCCCACCGCCGGCGCUGGUGGAUGGCGUUCACAGCCAUCAUCGAGAACCUGCUCUUCUCUGCUGUCCUGCUGGGAUGGGGGUCCCUCCUCAUCAUGCUGAAGGCAGAAGGGUUUUAUUCCUACCUGUGCUACGGGCAAGAGGACACCAACAACAGCUCUGAACACGAGAACAGCACAUCUUCAGAGCACAAAUGGCCUUCCUGCAACGCCCAGGAUGAAAUGCUGAACUUGGCCUUCACCAUUGGGUCCUUCCUGCUCAGUGCCAUCACGCUGCCCCUGGGAAUUGUCAUGGACAAGUACGGGCCUCGCAAGCUGCGGCUGCUGGGCAGUGCCUGCUUUGCUGUGUCCUGUGUGCUGAUGGCGUACGGUGCCAGUAACCCAGACUCUCUGUCUGUGCUGAUAUUCAUUGCACUGGCUCUGAAUGGAUUUGGUGGGAUGUGCAUGACCUUCACAUCACUCACGCUGCCCAACAUGUUUGGUGACCUUCGUUCCACGUUCAUUGCUCUGAUGAUUGGCUCCUAUGCUUCCUCUGCUGUGACUUUUCCAGGAGUCAAGGUUAUAUACGACUUUGGGGUCUCCUUCAUCCUUAUUCUGCUUGUCUGGGCAAGCUGUGCAGGACUUGUUUUCCUCAACUGUUUCUUCAACUGGCCCCUGGAGCCUUUCCCAGGACCAGAAGACAUGGACUAUUCGGUGAAAAUAAAGUUCAGCUGGCUGGGAUUUGACCACAAGAUCACUGGGAAGCAGUUCUACAAGCAAGUGACGACUGUGGGGCGCCGUCUCAGCGUGGGGAGCUCCAUGAAGGGCCCCAAGGAGCCGGCAGCCUUGCAAGAGAACAACAAGCUCUGCCUGUCCACGGUGGACCUGGAAGUGAAGUGCCAGCCUGACAGUGCAGCUUCUCCCUCCUUCAUGAAGAGUGUCUUCAGCCCUAUCUUGCUGCUCAGCCUUAUCACCAUGUGCGUCACUCAGCUGCGGCUCAUCUUCUACAUGGGAGCCAUGAACACCAUCCUGGAGUUCCUGUCUGGAGACCAAAGUCAAGUGGCUCUCUACACUUCCAUUUUUGGGGUAUUGCAGCUGCUGUGCUUGCUGACAGCGCCUGUGAUCGGGUGCAUCAUGGAUUGGAGAAUGAAAGAGUGUGACGAUGGCUCGGAAGAGAAUGAGGAGAGCAACGCUGAGCAAAGUGACAAGAAAAAGAAAAAGCGUGACCGUCAGAUCCAGAAAAUCACCAAUGCCACCAAUGCCUUUGUAUUCACGAAUUUCCUGCUGGUUGGAUUUGGAAUCACCUGUCUCAUUCCUAAUCUACCGUUGCAGAUUCUUUCCUUCAUUUUGCACACAAUUGUGAGAGGGUUCAUCCACUCAGCUGUGGGAGGCCUCUAUGCUGCUGUAUACCCCUCUACUCAGUUUGGCAGCUUGACAGGGUUGCAGUCGUUGAUCAGUGCCCUCUUCGCCCUUCUGCAGCAGCCUCUCUUCAUGGCACUGACAGGACCUUUGAAAGGAGACCCUCUCUGGGUGAAUGUUGGUUUGCUUGGCAUGAGCCUCCUGGGUUUCUGCCUUCCCAUCUACCUGGUCUGCUACAGACGCAGGCUAGAGAGAGAAAAAAAGCAGAAGAUGGAAGAUGCCAAACUUUUCUUCAAAAUCAAUGGCACUCCCACUGAGGAAGCCUUUGUUUAAACUGGUGCUUCACAUACAACCUCCCCUGUACAGGUUCCUACCACAUCCGUGGGUUCUACCUGUGGUGUAAGCCAGGAUUUUCCUCCCCUGGCUCUGCCAGUCUUUGCUCCUCACUGGAGUGAGGGCCGGACAUCAUGACUGAGACUUCCUCAGAUGUAUGGCAGGAGGAGACUUCCUACUCCUUACUCCAAAACACGGGACACUUUUUCUUUUUUUUUUAAAGGCCACACAGAUAUUGUGUCUUAAACUAUCCCCUGAUCACACUCUCCAGCAGCAGAGAGUUUGCAUAGGAAAUUGGGGAGAGAAGGAAUAGAGGGAUGGGAGAAGAGGGAAGACAGACCAUAGUUUGAGUUUGCAGAUGUAAGGCAGUGCAGUCUGUUUUCUCCCCCUCUUCCCCCAGCCUUAGCUGACACAGUCUCGGAUGCAAGCUGCGCUCCCUUCCCUCCCUGAGGCUUCAUAAUGGUCUUUCUGCUUGAUGUGUAGCUGGACCCAGUGGUUUUACUGUCUAUCCAGACAUACCCUAGACUGUUUCUGAGGCAGGGAAGGGGAUCUUAUUCCUAUGUGUAUGAGCACAGCUUCAGUGUGUUGCUAAAUGUUGGCUGCUAGCACUGACAGCUCCCAAACCUUUCAUUACUGCAAAUGACACAGACUGUGAGCAAUGGAUCUGCCUUCCAUAAUGAAAACAAGAGCCUAUAGUGGACUGCUGGUCCUAGACCAAGCCUUCAGAGGCCUGGAAUUCUUCUUCCCGGUUCACAAACCACCUGCACGUGUUCUAAACUGUCUGCAGUCCUGGAAUCCUUGAGAUAGGAAGUGGAUCUUGUUUACAGAUUAAGUGCUUUUGAGACUUGUUGCCUUUUGCCUCUUCCCUUUGACAUGACCCUGGGAGGGGAGCAGCAGUGUGUACUUAGUAAAGUGGAGAAGCUUCUUGAACCUGAGUUCUGGAGCUCCAGAUACCUUGGUGUUCACGUGUUGUGAGCUGGAGAAAAAAAAAAUCAAGAGUGCAGAACACUCCUUUGUGUCUGGUAACUGGAUCCUGUGGACACGGCAGGGUGAUGUGGUGAUGUAAUUUUUCCUUUAGCCAUAGCUUAUUUGCAUUGCUCUGACAACAGUCACCAGGUUAGUGUGACUGACAAAAAUGCUGCCAGUUUGGCUGUACUAGGAGCCUUUUUGAUGCUCUGUCUGGACAGAGCAGAUGGUGAUUGAUUGUAUGGUGAAGCCGACUGUCAGAGCAAUACACGUGGGUAAAGGUGCCCCAGGCCUGUUCACCAGGGAGGGAAUACAAAGGGAAUUGUUAACCUGCUUAUUUUUAUAGAGGUCUUGUUUAAAGCAGGCUUUUCUGCCCUUAACCUUCUUGCUGAGGUCGGUAGCUCAGGCCCUGUAGCCUUGUGACUUGUGUUCACGCUGUGGGACCUGCUCGGAGCAGGACUGUGCAGGGGUGAGGAGGAGCAUCGCCAGUGGGAACGCUGGGCUGAGCUGGUGGCUGCAGGAAGGUUGGGCCAGAAACAAAACAGUUAUGAAGAUGUGGUGGUGUUUUACUGCAAAGCCUGGCAGGGAGUAAGUCUGUCAGCUUCUCUGUGUCUGGUUGGAAAAGUACAAGACUCAAUCGCUGUUGGCGCUAAACAGAGGAUUAGAAACAACUCCACGCUCAGACCUUCCUGAGAGAAAUGACCUGGAAACUGGGUGUUAACUCCUCCUCUGACAGCUCGAAGGGUACAGAUGCUCAGCCCAGCCAGGGCUUCACCUUUCCUAAAGAGCAGGCAAGCACAGAGCCUGGGCAGGGCGGCUGGAAGCCCUGCGGGUGCUUUGCCAGCGCAGGAUGAUGAGGCAGCUCCGUGGGACGGCAGCGCCAUCUCGAGUCACUGCUCCCACCAGCAGUUCCGAUGCUGCUCCACGGUACCUUUCAGUCUUCAGCCACUCGAUUCAAAAGGACUGGCCACUUGAGCGUUUGACACAUUUGUGAAUUUUUUUUUUUUUUUUUUCUUAAUGUGUUGCCUUUAUUAAAUGUGGUUGUUCCAAGGCAGACUUAUUGCCUACUGUCAACACUUUUCUGGAACUUGUUGUCUUUUGGUGAUGAUUCAGUGACCUUCCCAGCUUUUCUUUCUUUUGUGUCGAGCAAUAAUUAAGGAGCAGAGUUUUGGUUAAUUUUCCUGUUCACCUGGUGUUGUCUCAAGUACAUGUUUCAGAGACCCACCUGCCUAGGUUUCCAGAGGGCUUUCUGCAGGUUUCUGCAUUUAAUGUUACAAUACUUCUGAAUAUUUUGAGAAGAGUCCUACUCCUGCUCCAAGAUAGCUGAGACACGACAAUGACAGAUUAAGUACCUUUUUUUAGGAAUAGCUCGGGCAGGUGAGUGUCUGAGCCACCAUCCACAGUCUCAGUGUCCUAAAGCAGAGAAGCUGCUGGAGGGUGUCAGUGUGCUAACUCAGCAUUACUUCCACCUCGGUUUCAGAACAUUGAAUGUGAUUGCUUCCACUCCUAUGUCACUUGAAUUGCUGUUAUAAAUGUCUCUGCAAAAUAGUGGAACAGAGUGACAUAUUUUCAUGAAGUCACAGUGGAGUUGCUGCUGCCUUUUAGUUUAGCUGCACAUCCUUCAAAGAACACUUUUAUUUCUGCCAUCUACCUCCCUACUGCAGUUCCCGGUCCCUGCCCUUUAUUAGGAAUACCUUCAAAUCCAGUUUCCUCUGAUAAAAUGUUAGAUAUGUGAGUUUUAGUGUCUCUGCUGAUGUGGCAUGGUGUUUAGAAGCUGCUGGUCAGCUGUGAGGAGCAGAGCUCAUGCCUUGGAGUUGUAGUCCUGGUGGCUACACAGGGAAGUUUUAGCUAUUCAGAGUUGAACAGACAAGUGGUAUCACCCUCUCAGGCCAUGCAACAAACUGUGGGAGUCAUUGCUGCAGAAUGUAGUGGGGAACAGAAGUAUAAAUUCUUUUUUUUUAAAGAGGCUGGUUAAACAAUGCUCUGCAUCCACUAACUCAGGGAGAUUUUAAGUUGCUGUAAAUAAGAGAGUUGUGUCAAGGAAAGAUUGUUGUUCUGUCUACACGUUUCUGUCUUUUAAGAAUUGGUCAAAGAUGAAGAAAACAUGCUGGGCUAAGGUAAAACACUGGUCUGACACUAGUGGGGUUUAAUUUAUUCUGACAGUUGUGAACCAAACUAGUUUUAAAAGCAGUCUCAAACAUAUCUGCAUGCAAGACGUGCAAAUACUCCACUGAUGUGGCAUAACUGCUGCAGUCCUGCACCUCCUGCAGCAAUGGGCCCUUGGAGGGCAAUAUUCUGCCUUCAGCCUCUUGAAAUGCUGUCAUGCACAGUGCAGAAACAAACACUGGGGGUGGAUCAGGGUCAGUUUGCAGAAGUGCAGGGAGGGUGGUCGUGGGAAAGACCUCCGUGGAAGCAUCCCCAUUACAGUGGAAUGUAAUGAAGCAGAAACCUCAUCUGUGAGUCCUUGCUGUUUGUAGGAGCCCUCAGAGUCAAGGGUGUUGCUGUGUGAAGGUGAUUGCACCUUGUGAAAAUGCUGCUCCUGACCUCUGCAGACUCUCACGUGCAUUUAAUGUGCACCUAUGCUAAAAAAAAUACAUAUAAAAAAAUUAAAUUCACAGAGUGGGGAAUGGAGGGUGAGACAGCUUUUUGCUUUCACUAAUCUGUCAGUGCCUAAGCCCUGUUGACACAGUCUUUAUAGCAUUAAUGCAAUAACACUGUGUCAAAAGUAGCAGAGAAAAUCUGUGCUGUUCUGCUUUAAUAGGACACUUAACACUAUGACAGUAACUGCAUAAAGCUGUAUCUGGAUCCUUGAGAUGAAACUGGACACAGAUGUAUGCAAAAAAAAAAAGAGCAAAUCUCGCUGAGGCUCCAACUUAACUGCAGUGCUGCUACAGCAACUAAAAUGUUCAACUCCCCCAGCAAAGCCUGGUCUCUUCAUGCUCCAUCUACAAAGUAAAAUUGCAGGAUAAUGAGAUUGUAACUAAGUCAGUAAAUCACUAAAAUGUUUUCAAGUAGAUUUCCCUCUUGACAUGCUGAUGAAUUUGGAAAAUAUGCUACCAAAUUUAAAGCAGAUAGCAUAGGGUAGAAAGAAUGAAAUCUUAAAACUACAAAUUUUUGUUACUUUUUUUUUUCCCCCCUUUUGAGUCUUUUUGCAGCUGCAGAGCUUUUGGUAUUCCCUAUGCCCCAAUUUAGAACUGCAAAGUACUACUUUUUCUACAUAGUGGAAAUGAGUAUUACAGUAGGAUUCCUGAUGGGAAGGGACUGGUUUUGGUUGUGGGGGGUUUUUUUGUGUUCUUUUUUUUUUAAUUAAAAAAAAAAAAAAGCCGCUUCUGAUUUAUAAUUCACAAUGUUAUCUUCUCUGGAGUAGCUGAAACAAUUCUGUGUUAUGUAGCUGCAUUCUUAAAUGUUAAUUAUAAACCCCCCCAGCUCCUUGUUUUCCUGCCUGUGCUGCCAGCCUGUCUCUGUGCAAUCUGUUUUUAUCAGGUGUCCUGUACUCCACGUUGUCACCCUACUGCUGCCUGUCACUUCCUUGUGCCUGACCCUCUGCCACUCACUUUUUAUUCUGGAGACAAUCCCCUCUUUCAGAAAACCCCUUCUUUAACCCAAGAGCGUUCUCUCUCCCACCUUUUCCUGUCCACAGAAUUUUUUGUGAUGUUUGUCAAAGUUGAAUUGUAAGCUCCUCGGGGCAGGCCUGUGUCAUCUUUGUGUUUGUAAGGUGAUGUGCACUCUUGCAGUACUAUCUCAAAAUAAAGUGUUAUUAAGUUAA